AUGAUUCAUUCUAAUUUAUUAAUUUCUACUUUGCUAUUGAGUUCCACCUUCGCGGGCAUUUCAUCCGCUGCUGCCCUGUCCGCCGUUGACUUUAACGAAAAAAACUACGAAAAAAAAGAGUUUGUCUCUGAUGACUAUCAUAAUGUUCAAAAACAUAAGCACGCGAAAGAAGCUGGCAAACAAAUCGAAGGUAAAGAAAUCACUCAUUUGUUCAAAAGAGAAGGAACAUGUUCUUUUCCUAAUUACGAUGGUAUGGUUGCAGUUCAAACUAGCGGUAAAAAUGCUGGUUGGGCCAUGCAUUCUGAUCAACAAUGUACUUAUGGUUCUUGGUGUCCGUAUGCUUGCGAACCAGGUCAACUAAUGGGUCAAUGGGAUCCAGAAGUCACUUCAUACACAUACCCUCAAUCUCAAUGGGGUGGUUUGUAUUGUGAUGAAAGCGGUAAUUUACAAAAGAAAAACAGUGAUAAGGAUUACUGUUAUGAAGGUAAAGGUACUGUCAGCGUUUUGAAUGAAGCUGGUAGCAAUGUUGCAUUUUGUCAAACUGUUUUGCCUGGUAAUGAGGAAAUGUUAAUUCCAACUAACGUUGAAAGUGGUUCUAGCCAGGUGUUAGCUGUUCCUGGCACAGAUUACUGGGCUAGCACUGCAUCUCAUUUCUAUAUCAAUCCACCAGGUGUUAGUGUUGAUGAUGGUUGUGUUUGGGGGUCUACUGCCAAUCCAUGGGGUAACUGGGCUCCAUAUGUUGCCGGUGCUAAUAUGGACAAUAGUGAAAAUACCUAUGUUAAAAUUGGCUGGAAUCCAGUUUAUUUUGAAGAUUCCUCUCCAUUUAAGAACACUAAACCAACUUUUGGCAUAAGAAUUACCUGUGAUGAUGAAUCUAAAUGCAAUGGCUUGCCAUGUUCUAUUGAUCCAACUAAACAAGACUUGAAUACCGUCAGCAGCGGUGGCAGUUUUUGUGUAGUUACCGCUGAACAAGGUUCUGCUGCCAAGAUUGAAGUUUUUGCUGUUGGUGGUAAUACCAAGAGAGAACAAGAACAUCAUGCUCAUAAAGACUAUUUAACUGAGACAGAGUACAAAACCGUUACUGUCAUUGGCUAG